ACCCCCGGUCUCCGACCUGAACUUCAUUCAUUCCGCUCUACGCUUCUCUUAACACGACGAAGACUUGGCUUAUUCGUUUCACUAUUUUUGGACUACCGAACCGAGGCAGAAGGAUGAAAUCUGCUUGUCUUGUCGCCUCCCAGACGCAUUUUUCCGGCGGUCCGGCUUUUAGGUCAGCCCCGGUGAACUCCCGGAUGGAGCAGUCACCCGUCAGCAGGCCUGUCCUGUGGAGACCGUGGCUCAUGACCAAUCAGGACUCUCAUACCGUGAGCCUGAGGAGCAAGCUUAUCUGUCCUUAUUCCCGACCAACGGUGCCAAGCAACACCAUGGCAGAUGGCAAAACUCAGCCUUUCCAGCACCCUGUGAGACUGUUCUGGCCAAAAUCCAAGUCAUAUGACUACCUGUACAGUGAUGGUGAAGCACUGCUGAGAAACUUCCCAGUCCAGGCAACCAUCUGCUUCUAUGACGAGUCUGACAGCGAGGAUGAUGAUGAGGAGGAACAGGAUGACGAGGAAGAUGAGGAAGUCAAAGAGUGUCUUAAACCUCAGGGCCAUUAUUGCAACUAUAACUGAAUUGCGAACUGGAUUGAUCUUUGUAACAAAUACACCCAAGGAACAUCAGACAUUCAGUCAGGACUGUCUAAUCACUGAGAAAACAUCCUAACUAAACCUGCAUGUUUCUGAAUAUCGUCACAAGACCAGUUUCCAAAAGGACAAGACAACAUCUUCAGAACUGGAUGGUUUUCCGAACUGUAAUUUCCUCUGGGAAAUGUAUAACGGCAAGCAAAUGAUCCCACAUUGGGAUGAAUGUUUCCAAGAUGACUCAGGGUCUCUGCUUUUUGUAUGCAAGAUUCCUCCACCUUUAUUUUAUUUCCUUUAUUUAUGUUGUAUAUAUCUACAUCUAUAUAUAUUUAUGUCCUAUUUUUCUACUUUUGUGUAAAUUA